AUGAGUCACCGGAUCGAUGCCGCGCCACUGUCUUCCCCCCCCCCCCCCCCCCCCCCCCCCCCCCCCCCCCCCCCACCCAGCCUAACCCCGCCCGCGCCCAUCGCGCGGCUGCGUGCCACCGUCGAACUGCUGCACCUCGGCUCCGUCCCAAUUUUCUUUUUCUACACCUACUGCGGAGGCGAAGGUGGCCGCAAUGAUGAGGCCAAAAGCGACUUCAUGGAGUUCAGACGCGCGUACCCCGAGUGGUGUAGCGAGGCUGGCGCCCAGCACGUGCCUCAUCUACCGCUAAUGGGACUCCGCGAUUUCCUUCCGCCCCUGGGUGGGCUGGCGUGGCGCGGUUCCCUUCGCUACCGUCGCGAUAUAAAUAGCGCGAUCGGAGGCGCCCACGCAACGCCGCCGGCAAACUGCGGGGUGCGGGUAGGC